CAACUGUAUAACAGACGAAACCUGGAAACGGUUGUCAAGUUCUUCUAUUUGUGUUUCAAUUAUUAAAAGGGAAAUAUUUUAUUUAAAAUUUCUGUAUAAACAUGGCUACCGAAGUGGAUGAGACUAUCAAGAGAAUCCAGUCUCAUAAAGGAGUGAUUGGAAUAAUCAUACUCAACUCAGAUGGAAUUCCAAUUAAAACAACAAUGGACAACAAUACCACCAUUGAGUAUGCUGGGUUGAUGACCAAUUUCGUUGAAAAAGCUCGCAGGACAGUGAAGGACUUGGACAGCUCCAAUGAACUGACUUUUCUUCGCGUUCGCUCCAAAAAGAAUGAAAUCCUAAUAGCUCCAGAUAAAGAAUAUUUUCUGAUAGUUGUGCAAAAUCCUAACGAGUGAAAAGUGAGUCUCUGUAUUUCUUUGUGUAAGAUGCGAAGAUGUUUUCAAGCAGAUGCAUCUGGAUGUGUUAUCUGCAUUUUACACCAAGAACUUAAAAAAAGAAAAAAAAAAGAAACUUUUCUUCUUAACAUUAUUUUUAUGAUUUGAAUUUAUUUAUUUUGACAUAAUAAGUUAUAUUAUCUUACUAACUCUUUGUUUUUGAGAAGAGUAGAAUAUGUGUUCUUUGUUAAAUUUUAUAAGAAAUAAAGUAUUGCA